GUAUGAAAGAAGACAAAGGAGCUUAGUAUGUGUAUUACAAUUUAGUGACUUCAUCUCAUAAAUACAGGAAGGCAUUUGGUGAUAAUAUAGAAGUAAUCAUUUAACUUAUUAUUAACUAGAUUGCUUAACUAAAAUAUAUUGAUAAAUAGAUCAAUAAAAAUGAGAUCACUGUUGUAAUGAGAUUCUUGCCGGCAAAUUUUAAUAGUGAAAAGUUGGAAGCCUUACAAAACAUAAGAAGUGAGGAGUUAUUUACAUGUAUUAAUUAAUUUAAUUUGAUAGAUUAAGGAUUGAAGUAUGGUAUUUUUAAAACUUCUGAUUAUGAGAUUGCUGGAAAUAUUAAAAAGAAAAUAAUAAGGUAUUAAUGGGAUUUAUAUAAUAAUAAGUUAUUUCUAAAACAAAAAAUAUAAUGAUAUUCGCAUUACUAUAAAGGCUAAAAAGAAAUCUACAAAAGAGAAGAUCAAAGCAUUUUUAGAUGAAGAAUCAUAUAAUCCAAGAUCCUAAUUAGAAUAAAAGAUUGGAAUGCCCUUAAGUCCACUCAAAGUACCUCCUCUUAUAGUGAAAGAAAUUGAAUAACCCAAAAUAAAACCUACAGUUAUAUAACCCACAAUUUGUGCUAUGUAAUUAUUAUUUUUACAUUAUUUAGAUAAAUAGCUGUUCCAUAGGUUUAAUUUAAAUAGGUAAAACCAGCUGAAAUUAAACCUACAAUCAUAGAAUAAAGUGAUUAGAAAUUAAUUGCAAGAGCUGUUUAAUUAAAACCAGUUACAUUAACAGUUGAUAGAGAAAGAAGUUCAAGAAAAAGAUGA